GUUUCCCCGCCAAAUCUGCUUGGAAGUUGAAAACAUAAACAAACACACGUGAGCCGGCUGUCCGACGGCCCAAAAUGAGUUUCCCCGAGUUCAAGACGAAAAUCGAGCGCGGGGACACGGUCAUCCUCUACCUGUCGGUGACCUCCAUCUUCCCGCUUCAGGUGGAGCCCAAGAUGACGAACAAGAAGGGCAAUUUGGUUGACAACAUUUUCCAGACAGUUUACGGCGCGCUGCGGGUGUCCGAGCUCGAGGGCCAGCGGUACGGCACCAAGGUGGCCCUGUCCAAGGGCUGGGCCCUGGUGCUGGCGCCCACCUGCGACCUUUGGACGCAGUGCCUGCCGCACCGGACGCAAAUUCUGUACACUCCAGACAUUUCCCUCAUCGUCGCUCAACUCGAACUGCGUCCCGGCUGCAAGGUCGUCGAAGCAGGCACGGGAAGCGGGUCUCUGUCCCACUCGAUCCUGCGGACGGUGAAGCCGGACGGAGAGCUGCACACGUUCGACUUCCACGAGGGCCGCGCCGACGCCGCCCGGCAGGAGUUUGCCCUGCAUGGCUACAAGGAGCCGCUCGUCAGGGUGGCGCACAGAGACGUCUGCGCCCUGGGCUUCGACCCUGUCGACGCCGCGUCGGUCGACGCCGUUUUCCUCGACCUGCCGUGUCCCUGGGACGCCAUCGGACACGCCAGAAAGGCUCUUCGUCCAGGUGGAAGGAUAGCUAUAUUUUCUCCGUGCGUGGAGCAGGUGGUGCGGACGAAGGAGGCGCUUUUAAAAAACGAUUUUUUCGAGACGGAGACAAUCGAGUGCCUCUGCAAGGAGCUCAGCGUCCAGUACAGGACGCACGGCAAGCUCAAUCUGGCUGGAAGUGAGGAGCAAGAGCGGUACCUGACGAGCCUACCCUGCGCCUCGAUCCCUGGCCACUCGGGCUUCCUGACAUUCGCCACCUUGAAACCCUGGGCAACCCCUUGUUGAUUUUUAAUUUUUAUCUUGUAAAGAAUAAAUUCAAAUUUUGACGUCGAAUUAAAUUUUGUAUUCACAGUAA